GCGGAAGGAUAUAGGUUUGUUGGGUAUAAAUACCGCCUGUGCGGCGAGUUGCCGUGAUAAUUUCAAGCCACAUUCUGCCAGAGUUGAACCAAGUUAACGGUGUGAAGAUGCAGAUUUUCGUGAAAACCCUCACUGGGAAGACCAUCACCCUGGAGGUGGAGCCCAGUGAUACCAUUGAGAACGUGAAAGCAAAGAUUCAGGAUAAAGAAGGCAUUCUUCCUGACCAGCAGAGACUCAUCUUUGCUGGCAAACAGCUGGAAGAUGGCCGCACCCUGUCGGACUACAACAUCCAGAAGGAGUCCACCGUCCACCUGGUGCUCCGUCUCAGGGGAGGCAUGCAGAUUUUUGUGAAAACCCUCACUGGGAAGACCAUCACCCUGGAGGUGGAGCCCAGUGAUACCAUUGAGAACGUGAAGGCAAAGAUUCAGGAUAAAGAAGGCAUUCUUCCUGACCAGCAGAGACUGAUCUUUGCUGGCAAACAGCUGGAAGAUGGCCGCACCCUGUCGGACUACAACAUCCAGAAGGAGUCCACCCUCCACCUGGUGCUCCGUCUCAGGGGAGGACGUUGAAGAGAUGUGAUCCUUGUCCACAGUUUUCCUUUAACAUAUAAAUAAAGUUGAAACAUUCCUGACUUGAA